AUGGAGGAAAGCGUACCCAAAGAAGAGCACGAGGCCAAUGAGCAACAGGCUGCUGAUGAGCCACACUCCAGUGUAUUAGAUGGGUCGGAGGUUGCUGAGGAUGAAGAAGCUCCAAUGGAAGGCAACAGCGGUCAUGGAACUGGUAAAAGGCGAAGCCAACAAGAUCGACUUUCCAAGGCGGAUGCUGCAGCAAAGGUCAAAACCAUCUUGGAUCGAUCGAGCCAACCCAUUACAGGACCGAUGCCAGGUGCGCAUGCGGACUCUCGUGGAACUCAAGUUGAGAAAGAAGAUCAAGAAGACAUGAUCAAUGGACUUGUGCCUGGUGCCCACGAUGGGUCUGGUAGAAAGACUAGGAAAGAAAGAAUCAGUAGGUCUUUGGGAGACACAGAGGAAAGACGAUCAGAAAGACAAGCAAGAAUUGAAGCUGAUAAGGGAGAGAGUAUAGAUGGAUUGGUGACGGCUGAUGCUGUGAAAAUCACUGAUGCCGUGGAGAUCAGUGAUGCUGACCAAGCUUUAGAGCUUGAUGACAACGAAGCACAAGGCAACGAUUCGAAUGCAAGGAACUGGGAACGAUUCAAACAGAAGAGAGGAGCUCGAGCCUUUUGCUGCCUACUUUUUAUCUUUGUGGUUGCAAUUGCUGCUAUUGGAGCAUGGCUUGGCACUCGUACCACGACUUCAUCGGUCUCAAAUGGAUCAUCACAAGUAGAAGAUGGUAUUCCGAUCACAGAGAACGUCACGAAUGUGUGCGGAAAUGUAAUUCAAGGUCAAGAAACAAUGCCAGUACAAAGCUACCAGCUCGAUCUCGACGCGACGUCAUUUCUUCGCGUGGACCUGAGCAUUUCAGCCGGUAUCAUUGAAGAUAAACUCAAAGAAUUGAUGGCCCCAGCACUUACUGCAUGUAAUCGAGUCGUUCGAAACUUGCGAUACCAUCGCUAUCUGGAUAGCGGUGCAUUUUUACAUGCAAUUGCAAAUGUGGCAGUUGACGCUUCUGGAGUCGCAGGAGUAGAAUGCUUGGAUGAUUCGAGUCAACGAUGUCAUCGAGUCAGUGUAGCAAUUGAUGUUGUGGUAAAAGAUGAUUCGGUGAAAGUUGUCGAUGUGAUUGGUGAAUUGAGUUCUUAUUUUGGAGGUGGUCCCGUGGUCGAGAAACUUGAUUUGACUGGGCUGUAUGAGAGCAUAAUUGUUGCGAAUCUCGGAUACAUGGAUCCAACAGAGUCUCCUAGUAUGGGCAAUGCAUCUCCUUCAGCAGAGCCAACCAAAAGACCAAGCGCAAAUCCAACAGGAUACCCAACUGCAGAACCAAGCAUUCUGCCCACGCUCUCGCCCGUUGUAGGCCCAACUCCUAGACCAACACCAAACCCAACCCCUCAGCCAACUCCCAAUCCAACCCCUGGACCAACACCAAAUCCAACCCCUCAGCCAUCAGCAAACCCAACUCGUGGACCAACACCAAAUCCAACCCCUGGGUCCACUGCUCCUCCAACACCAAUACCAACUCCUAGAACAGCACCUGGACCAACGUUUUUUCCAACCCCUGGACCCACUGCCCCUCCAACCGCAAACCCAAGUCUUGGACCAAUACUAGACCCAACCGUUCAGCCAACACCAAAUCCAACUCCUGGACCGACCCCUGGACCCACUGCACCUCCAACACCAAACCCAACUCCUGGACCCACUGCACCUCCGACACCAAACCCAACUCCUCGACCGUCUCCUGGGCCCACUGGAUCGCCGACUCCUGCACCGACACCUGGGCCCACUGCACCUCCAACACCAAACCCAACUCCUCGACCGACUCUUGGACCCACUGCAUCUCCGACUCCUGCACCGACUCCUGCACCGACCCCUGGACCCACUGCAACUCCAACAUCAAAUCCAACUCUUCGACCAACACGAAACCCAACCCCUAAACCCACGUCUGCCCGGCCGAUUCCUGUGCCAACCCUGGCACCUACGACAACAUGUUUUCAAACAAAUUACGAGCUUUCCGAUACAGUUUUUAACUGGCAUUUGUCUUCUCUGGCUAAGGCAUCAGUCGAAAACAUAUAUGGCCGUAUCGGGGAAUGGUGUUUUACAGCUGGCAUUACCAGUAUGGAAAAUCUCUUUUUUAGUCGUAGUUCUUUCAAUGAGGACAUUGGAAACUGGGAUGUGUCUUCUGUUACCAAUAUGAGAUCGAUGUUCAGGGAUGCAGAAUCCUUCAAUCAAGACAUAUCAUCCUGGGAUGUGUCUUCUGUCACAGAUAUGAGUCACAUGUUUAUGAAUGCAGAAUCCUUCAAUCAAGACAUAUCAUCUUGGGAUGUGUCUUCUGUCAGAGAUACGAAUCACAUGUUUAUGAAUGCGGAAUCCUUCAAUCAAGACAUAUCAUCUUGGGAUGUGUCUUCUGUCACAGAUAUGGGUCACAUGUUUAUGAAUGCAGAAUCCUUCAAUCAAGACAUAUCAUCUUGGGAUGUGUCUUCUGUCACAGACACGGGUCUAAUGUUCUGGUACGCAUUAUCCUUCAAUCAAGACUUGUCAUCCUGGGAUGUUUCUUCUGUGGCUACCAUACAUGGUAUGUUCGGGUAUUCAACAUCCUUCAAUCAAGACUUGUCAUCAUGGGACAUUUCUUCUGUUUGGUAUAUGAGUUCUAUGUUCUAUGAAGCAUCAUCCUUCAAUCAAGACAUAUCAUCCUGGGAUGUUUCUUCUGUUCGCUUUAUGGUAACUAUGUUUCAAGGUGCGUCAUCCUUCGAUCAGAAUCUUUGUCCGUGGGGCUCCCGCAUUCCGAGCAAUGCCAACGUGACCGACGCGUUUUCCGGCGCUACCAGCUGCCAAUCACAAUUGGAUCCUAAGCUCUCUGUGGAGUCACCUGGCCCAUUCUGUCACUUUUGCAAUUAA